UCUCCUCCCUGCUUCUCUCUCUCUCUCUCUACCCAGCGAGCAAGAGAGAGAGACAGGGCAAGGAAGAAGGAGGAGACCAACCCUAGCUAAGCCCCUCCCUCCUCUACGCUCUACUGCACAGGAGAGGAGGAGAUGGAGUCGCCGCCGACCGCCGCCGCCGCCGCCGCCGCAGCCGAGCGACCGUCCGAGGCAGCCGCGCUGCGUGCGCUCGUGGACCGCGUGCGCGCCGGGGAGGUGGAGGCCGCGCGCGAGGUGCGCCGCCUCACCCGCUCCUCCUCCAGGCACCGCCGCAAGCUCGCCGCCGCCGUCGAGCCCCUCGUCGCCAUGCUCCGCUCCCCCGCCCCCGACGCCGGCGAGGCCGCGCUCCUCGCCCUCCUCAACCUCGCCGUCAGGGACGAGAGGAACAAGACCAAGAUAGUGGAUGCUGGAGCACUGGAGCCACUGCUGGGUUAUUUGCAAUCAAGUGAUCUGAACUUACAGGAGUACGCAACUGCUGCCCUUCUUACACUCUCAGCCUCAUCUACAACUAAACCAAUUAUAAGUGCUUCUGGAGCAAUCCCACUGCUGGUAAAGGUCCUAAAAGAAGGAAAUUCACAAGCCAAGAAUGACUCAGUGAUGGCCCUUUACAACCUCUCCACGGUUACAGAUAACCUCCAGACGAUCCUUUCUGUUCAACCUAUCCCCUCUUUGAUAGAGUUACUGAAGGGUGGAAAGAGAUCAUCCAAAACAGCUGACAAGUGUUGUGCCCUCUUGGAGUCAUUGCUUUCCUUCGAUCAAGGACGAGCAGCUUUGAUUUCUGAGGAAGGUGGAGUGCUCACCAUUGUGGAGGUACUUGAGGAAGGGUCCCUUCAAGGUAGGGAGCAUGCGGUGGGAGCUCUACUAACUAUGUGCGAGAGUGAUCGCAAUAAAUAUAGAGAUAUCAUUCUAAACGAGGGGGCAAUUCCUGGUCUUCUUGAACUCACAGUCCAUGGUACACCCAAGUCCAGAGUGAAGGCUCAUGUUCUUCUUGACUUGCUGCGCAACUCGCCAUAUUCAAGAUCAAAGCUGCCGGCAGACACACUCGAGAACAUUGUAAGCAACAUUGCUUCACAGAUAGAUGGCGAGGACCGCGGUGGGAAAGCUAAGAAGAUGCUUGCUGAGAUGGUGAAGGUUAGCAUGGAGCAAAGCUUGAGGCAUUUGCAGCGUCGAGCUUCUUUUGCAUGAUCAGGUGAUUGGCACAUUUUGCAAUGGAAGUAGACAUAGUGGAAAUAAUGAGUUUGCUGGUGAUGCCGGUCCAGGCCUUGACAGGACCGAGUGACUGGUUUGAGCGCUCAUAUACUUAAGCUGUUGAAGUAGUAGUUCCUUUUCCAUUUCAAUCUUGUGUGUUCUGAACAAGAACAUUUUUUUCUUCUGUUUCUCAUGUGCCCUUCCUGCACUUUGUGCAUGAAAGACCCCAAAAAAAGCAAAAGAAAGAAAACAAAAAAGAAAGACAUAUCCUUUGAGGAAUGGACUGUACAUGAUAUAAAGUAAAGAUCCCAUUCUUCAUGUCUGGAUAA